AGCUCCGUACAUGUUGUUCCUUUAGCCUCUGAGCUCCGUACAUGUUGUUCCUUUAGCCUCUGGGCUCUGUACAUGUUGUUCCUUUAGCCUCUGAUCUGUGUGAUGUUAUUAAGCGAUAGCAUAGCUAUCCUUUACAGUAUCUGGAUAAUCAUGGACUUUGAAUAGUCUAUGAUCAGAUCCAGGUCCUGCCAAGUCAUGGAGGAGAGGAUGCUUGAAAUGUUUUUUGAUAAACACAUCGCAAACGAAGAGAAGAUGAGUGAUGAACCGGAGGGGCCGCCGCCCGAGUCCGGACAGGAAGACACAGAUGAAACCGAACAAAUGACAGAGGAUGUAGGCAGAUCUGCUGUGAACUGCAUUAGUCUGGACUGCAGCUCCCAGAAUCCCACUGGAGCGGCUGAGGUCUCAGGUACAUCGUCACUGCAGCAGCUGGGAGACGCCUCCGUUCGCUCAGAUGCCCCCGGCACGUCUGCGAUUCCGUUGAUUAGGCAGCAACAAAUCAUUCCACGAAUACGGAAUGUCAACUCUUCUGUGAAGCUGGGCUGUCGUCUGGACCUCAACUUUAUCGCUCACAAUACGUGGAACGUAGAGUACAAGAAAAGCGGGCAGCUCAUCAUGAGGAUCCGUAAGCCGAGAACCACAGCGAUGAUCUAUUCAUCUGGACGUGUUAUUUGUUCAGGAGCCAGGAGUGAGGAAGAGUCACGAACUGCAGCCAGGAGGUUUGCCUACAAAUUGAUGAAGCUGGGCUUACCCGUCUCCUUUCUGAACUUCAAGAUUCAAAACGUGAUGGCCACCUGCAGCUCCUUCCCGGUCUCUUUGGAGCGACUCACCCAGGCCUACCCUCAACACUGCAGUUAUGAUCCUGAACUGUUUUCUGGCCUCUUCUUCAAAGGGAUACCUGGCAUGACUGUGAACGUCUUUGCAAAUGGAGAGAUGGCGUUCUUAGGAGCCAAAUCCACAGCUGAGAUCUACAGCGCGAUCGAUACCAUCUGUCCGAUGCUGAGCUGCUUCAGGAGGCAGGGAGGACAGACACAAUGCACUCUGACGUCCUUGAAGGAAAUAAAACAUAAAUGAACGUCUUCCAUGGCACUCAGCAGAAUCUCACUGACUCUUCUGCUUCGCCUGUGAAGAGAAAACAUGCUGGACUCCACCUAAUUUUGUAAAUAACAGGCUCCUCUAUCUAUUAAAUUAUUUAGAUGAUAUUUAAAGUACGUGAGCAGCCAAAUAUUACAGACAUGUGAGUGUGCGAUCCACUCUGCUGCUUCCACCAGACGUUGAACCUGCAGCUGCAGGAGAUUCUCUCCCGUUCAGACUGAAGAGCAGAGGUCAGAGGUCAGAGUCUCCGAGCACACAGGUCAACUCCGUCUGCACCAGAGAGGAGAGAGAGAUUAAAAUUAAAAUACUGUGGUUUCCAAGGGAAGACACUUAAAUGGUUAACUAGUUACAUGAGUGAAAGAGGACAAUGUGUUUUAAUAAAUGGUUGUGCUUCAAACACAUUUCAAAUAACGUGGUGUACCACAAGGAUCUGUUCUAGGAGCUUUAUCAUUUCAGUUUCCAUUGGUUUGUAAAAAGAAAUUCCCAUUUUGUUUGCUGAUGACACCAAUAUGAUUUCAUCACAUACUGACUUACACACUCUUAUAAAUAAUACAGAUGAUGAAUUGUUGAGAGUUGAAAGAUGGUUUCAAUAAGCUCUCAUUGAAUAUUAAAAAGUCCACUGACUUUUAUUGAUUAAGCAUUUUAUCCACGAAUGCAGAUAUCUAAAAUUGAAACUCCACUUCAAUGGGUAGAAGAAUAUUCUCAUUAUAUUCACAAAGUCUCUCCGAUAUAUGACUUACAAAAAUGCCCUGAAACUUUCUGCCUUACUUGACUUGUUUACUUUAACGGAAUGAGACUCUCUAUCAUGUUCCCUCUGUUUCGUUUAUUUUCUGUUUAUUAUAUACUGUAUCAAUACGGUAGUCGUUUUGUACAAUUGAAAAUGUGCCUUAAUUGUUUGUAUUUGAACUUUGUACUAUAAGAAACACACAACAAACUUUACUACGGUGGCCCUGAGAGCUUAAAGCACUGCACCUUAAGAAAACAGCAUUUAGAAAACACUUUUAAGUGUCCUCUGGAAACAGAACCAAAAAAAAACAAAAAUAAAAAGUGUCCUCUGGAAACAC